UUUUUCACAUACAUUGUUCUCGUGGUUUACGGAAAAGUAGGCCUAAAAUGUUAUAGUGUCUAAAAACAAUAUUCAGUUAAUGGAAUUACACUUUUUUCCAUUACUGCUUGCUUGAUAUUGCCCUAACAACUUUUUCAUGAAUCAAUUUUGAGCAUUAUGUUUACAACGUAGUUAUUAUAGCACGAAAUAUGAGUCUAAAAUGCCAAAUACUUGCAACUAUUAUGUUAAUCACUGAAAUCUUAGUGUACUAAUUGCUCGCUAUAAGCUAGGUUAUUGCGCCCCUAAACCAACGUACUGACAACGCUACCUCCCCGGAACUCAAACUUUAACGAUGGUGAUUCACCUGUGAUGGCUGCCCCGAUAUUGCUAGGGAAGAGGAAGAAGAAGAAGGCUGGCUGUGCCAAUCCCAUGUUUAUCCAAUGGCUGACUGAAUGGAGAGAUGAAGCCAAUGAGAAAGGAUGGAAGAGUGCCUUUAAUUACAAUAAGGCUAUAAAUUCCUUGAAGAAGUACCCUCUUAUGAUCCCAACAGGAAAGGAAUGUAAAUUUCUGGAGCAUAUUGGUGAUAAAACAUGUGUGAUGUUGGACAAGAAGUUGGCUGAAUAUAAACUGAUGCAUGGAGGACAGCUUCCAGCCCCUGUAAUGGAUGAUGAACCUGAGAUAGUGACUCCAGUAAAACGAAAAAAGACGGCCAAGAAAGCCACAGAGCCAGGUACCAGUGUCAACCCUGCUCUGAUAUUACCCCUACCAGAUCCACAAUUUGCGCACUUGACCAUACCGCCUCCACCAGAUGAUGGGCUGGGUAUGACACCUGGCAGUGUUAGCAAAAAGAAAACGCCAGGAAAAGACAAAGAGUACAUUCCCGCCUACAAAUCUGGACCAUAUGCCCUUCUGAUUACCCUUUACAAGAAUCAACAGUUGGCGCACAGUAGAGGUUACAUGUUGAAGCAGGAGCUGAUAGAGGAUGCACAGCCGCUCUCAGAGAAAUCACUAACCGUACCUGAUCCUGGCUGCCGCUACACUGCCUGGUCAUCUAUGGGGAUGCUGGUCAAGAAAGGUUUCAUCAUGAAGGAAAGCAGCCCUGCUAAAUAUACCAUUACCGAUGCUGGAUGCGAACUUGCUCAUAAAAUCCUUGCAGCUGAGCAGCUUCAAGGAGGUGUGACCAAUCGUGUUGAGAAUGUGCCACAGUUUACCCUUCGGGCAGCCUCACCAGUCAAGAAAAGAACACCUGCGGCAGCUGCUGCUGGUGCUGCUCUAAAGAGGAAUCCGGCAACCCCCACUGGUGCUGCUGCACUAAAGAAGAAUCCAAAGAAAAAACCUCCUCCAGCUAUGGACAUUGGAUACUUGUCACCUGAUGAAGGCGCUGGGUUUGGAGGGUAUGGUGCUCACAGCCUCAGUGAUAACGGUGAUGAUAUUCCACUACAUCUAGACUCACCAGACGGUUUACCAAAUGUUGAAAACCCAGACAUGAGUCUGUGCGCUGUGUCAGGUCUUCAGUUCACCUAUAUUGACGAUGCUGGCAGGGAAGUUCAGCGGAAGGACCAGGCUUGUGUUCUCGUGGAUGAGGAGAUUUCCAUCGGGUUGCUGAUUCGAUGUAGCUACUAUGAUUUAUUGGUCUCCCCGUUGAGAUACAAACUGGACAAUGCAAGGAGCCGAGAAGGGUCGAAUGUCUACGCCUAUCUCCACCAUGAGGAUGCUGCUGACUGUUCAACAAUCAAGAAAGCCUUGCCAAAACCAAGUGCCAUGACUGCUGAUAAAUCAAAACAAGACAUUGCGUCCAUGGCGUCUGCCAGUUUUACAAAGGCAGAUGUUCUUCCUCCUGCAAAGAAACCUGCCAAGAAAAAGAAUGUGCCAUCAGCCACGAUCACAACAGCUGCCCAGAAUGACAUCAAAGAAAUCAUCAACCCUCCUGCACCAAAGUCACAAUUUCUGCCAGCAUUUCCCAAAAAGCCUGCUCUUGCAGUAUCUGCGGCUGGUUCUAGUCAAAGAUCUACCGGUCAGGAUUCUCAAUCAAGUGUCAAUUCAGUCGACUCGAUAGCCAGUUCUGUUGUGCCAAAGUUUACGCUUCAUCCUGGAGAGUUUGAGGUCGUCUUAUGUGUGGAUAAUAGAGAACAUUUUGGAGCUGGCUGUAGUAAGAAGAACCUCCUCCCUGAGUUGAUGAAGAACGGUGUCAGCUGUGAUGUCAGGAACCUCACAGUGGGCGACUUUGCCUGGAUUGCACGAGAGAAGUUGGAAAUUGACCCAAACCAGCUGCGGGCUCCACAGUGCAAAGAACUCAUUCUAGACUUCGUUGUCGAGAGGAAACGUAUGGAUGAUUUGUCUGGAAGUAUUAAAGAUGGCCGCUUCAAGGAGCAGAAGUUCCGCCUGAGGCAAUGUGGACUGAAAAAGCCUAUCUACUUAGUGGAAAAAUAUGGUUCAGGACAGAAUUUUGGUCUACCGCAAGACACACUAGACCAAGCUAUCGCUAAUACACAGAUUAUCGAUGGUUUCUUUGUAAAGUACACAAACAACCAGAAAGAAUCUGUCGCCUAUCUGACCAUCAUGACCAGGUUUCUACAGAAAUGCAUUACACGGAAGACACUGGUGGCCUGCUCCAAAGACGAAUUGGAUGACAGUGACUUAGAUAUCACAGCUCCACAGCUUCAACUCAUGACCUUUGACGAAUUCAAUAAGUCGAGCGUCAAGACGCGCGCAUUGACGGUGAAGGAACACUUUGGAAAACACCUGAUGAGGAUCAACAAGAUGUCUCAAGACAAAGCCCUUGCUGUGCUUGCCAAGUACAACACUCCACAAAGCUUGUUUGCUGCUUACGACCAGUGCCUCAGUAACCAAGAGAGAGACAAUCUCUUGGCAAAUCUGAAGUUUGGAGCAGGAAGCAGGAGUUUUGGCCCCGCUUUGAGUAAAGUUGUGGCACAGCUGUACACUACCAACGGACCACUUCCAUCAUGAGUGUCUCAGUGAUGUAAGCGGAUAAACCUAAGUGACAUAACUGUGCUGCCAGUCUGGGAGUGUUGGACUGUUAUCAGUUAGGAAUAAUGAAUGCUCUGGCUUCAUGACAUAGACUUGGCAAUUUUAUACUUCCACGAUGCAAUAAAAAAUGGACUGAUAUGGAAUUGCUUGAUCUGCUCAGGAUACAUUUCAGAGUACUGUUUGGAAAAGCUACUCAGAUCAUAUCUAGUCCAUGUUAUUGAAUGGCAUGUUGUACAUAGUUGUAUGUAGAAAACAAAUCAA